GAUAUCCACAGCAAGUUCGUCGAUCUCGAAUGGCAGCAGCGAAAUCGCCUGGCACAAGGCCUCCGGCCUCCCACACCUGGCGUUGAGAAUCCCUCGCAAUGGGUGCGCAUGAGCGGAGAGGAUGUCAUCCAGCGAAACCGAUACGUGAACGUGGACCCGUUUGUCAACAACCGUGUGAGGUUAAAGGUUCCUGAGGGCACCAGUGAUUAUAUCAACGCAAGUCCAAUCGCGCUGGAGACCACGAAGUCGCACAAGGACAUGCGAUGGAUCGCCACACAGGGACCGAAAGAGCAUUCUUCGCACCAUCUCUGGCGCAUGAUCGCCGAAGAAUCCGACCCUUCCGCUGGCCCUACCGUGAUUGUGAUGCUCACGCAAACGUACGAGUCAGGCCGGGAGAAAUGUUUUCCUUAUUUUCCCGAUUCCAUGGAAAAUCCGUUAAUACAAAUCAACGAAUACGACGAGUUCGGCGACGGCUGGGGCGGAACCGUUCGGUUACUGAACAUCGAUGAGAAUCCGGUCACCAAGUCGACGAUCCGAGAACUCGAAUUCGAAAUCGUCCAGACGACUCCUUCAUCAAGCGAUUCCUCAUCCGCCGACCCGGCGGAUCCAGGAACCGAACCAUUACGACGGAAAUUGAAAGUAUGGCACCUUCUGUUCGCCGCAUGGCCCGACUUCCUUGUCCCUGAAGGCGACGACCGUGCCGCACUCGUCCGUCUCAACGCGAAGUCCAAGGAAACCGCGCACCCCACCCCCAACCCCCGCAUCGUGCACUGCUCCGCCGGAGUCGGCCGCUCGGGCACCUUCAUCGCGCUUGACUACCUCCUCACGGAGCUGGACGACGGCGUCCUGGACAGCGUGGCGGACGAACAGGACCCGAUCGUGGACACGGUGGACCGGCUGCGGCAGCAGCGCAUGAUGAUGGUGCAAGGGGAGGCGCAAUUCGCGUUCCUAUACGCGGUGCUGCGGGAACUGUGGGUCGAGCGGUGG